AUGGCCAAUGAGAAAUCACAAAGAAAAUUAGUUUUGCACUUUGAUGCCAGGAACACUUUAUUUCUCUCAGACAAAAGCUACAGAUUCACUGUGGAGGAAGCUUUAAAUUCAUACAUCACUGGAAUUGUAUGGGGUCACUUGAGAAAUGAAUUAAUGGAAACUGUGAACCAAGAACCAUCAGAAAGCGAUUCAAAUUUACAAGAUAAAUCUAUGAUUCCUUCUCAUUCCUUAUCAUCUGCUUCUUCUUCGUCACCAGUAAACGAUUCUGUCUCUGACCAUUCAAUAAGCAUUACUGAUGAAAUCAAUGAUAAUGAAACUCAACAGCCAUCGAAGAUUCAUUUUACCGAUGAUAUGAAAGAAAAUCAUAGCAUCCCAGCUGAAAGUAAACUGAAUUUAAACCAGACGACAGAUAGACUAAAAGACUACAUAGAAGAAAUUAAUUGUAAAAGUGGUAUUAUUACUUCAGUCAGCACUCACCGUCAACCAUAUGCAGGUGAAAACUUUGAAAACCUCACUUUAAGCGAACUGAGUCAUUUCAAAUCAACAUUAGCUUGUUGGAAUCGUCUACCGGAAUCACCGUGUAUUCGACAACCUCAACCAGACGCAAUAAGUAUUUAUAAAUUAUUAGAACGGCAAAUUGUGAAAACAUCUUCCGAUAGAGGUCGACUGCGUAAAUAUCUUGGGAAUUUUACACAAACACCAGAAGGAAUACCAUUUCUAAAUUUAUUCACUGAACACUUGGAAUUGCUUAAACUUACACCUGAAGAAUGUAUCAGUACACCAUAUUGUUUACGCGUGAAAAGUGGGAAAAAUGAUGACGAUGACAACAGUAACAAUAGCUAUCACUAUUUAAUGCCAGCAUUCUACCGUUUAUUAACAUGGCUUAUAGACUCCAAUCGUCAAUUUGCUAUAUUCAUACGCACCUAUGGUAAAGAUGGUGAACAUAUUCUGUCUGCUGUUGAAGCCUAUGUUAAUGGUGAACAUCCACAAGAGAAACCACCAGUAAACGCUAAAUACUUAUUACCAAUUGACUUUACUAAAUGGUAUUUAAAACGCUCUGAAACACAACCGAUAUUUCAUCUGUACAAAGAGGGUGAACAACAAACAACUAAUGAUGUAAAACCACUAACAGAAAUAUCACAUAAUCCAAACGAAAUUUAUAAUUUAUGGUCUAAACAGAUUGGUGCUGUUAGUGUUAUUGAUGAUUUCGCCUACUGGCAAGCGCAUAAUUAUCAUUACAAAUCAUCAAAACCAAUAUGGUUUAAUCCAGAGGAUAAAACUGUUCAACAUAUUCUAUUUGACGAUAAUAUACGUUUUGAAGACGACGGUUCAAAUGUUAUCGAUUUACAGUAUCUCGAAGAGAAUGGAUUGUCAUCAAGCAGUUACAGUUUGGAUAUGAAUGAAGUCAUGAAAUGGGAGAAUAUUUAUUAUGUACAAGCAGAUCUACUACAGAUUAUACGGAAUAGAAAUUAUUUUAUUGACAAAGUUUGUGAAUGUGAGACUAAUUUAAAUCGUGUACAAAGUGAAUUACUGUAA